AUGCGUACUCUAAGUACUACCCUACUGGCCACAGCAGCGAGUCUGCUAAGCCGCGCCUCUGCUUCCACCCUCGCUCCACCCGUCCUGCCCCUCAUUGUUCGGAACCCAUACCUCUCGACCUGGCUGGCCAACGCUCGAGAGGCGCCCUGGACACAAUGGCCCAUGUUUUACACUGGUAACUCCGUGGGUCUAGCAGUCCUGGCUUCUGUGCCGGAAGCAUCGACAGUCUACCCACUCCUCGGACGACCACAAGACAGUCUGGACAGCCAAGCCUCACAGUACAACCUCUCACACCCAAAGUACCUGGGUGCUCAGUACGAUGCCUCGACCACGAAUCUAAGCUACAGCAUCCCCUCCCCUCAUUCGUCGAGCCCAGAGGGAGUGGAGAUCAUCCUCUCCUUCCUCUCCCCAAUAACACCGACCUCGACCUUUCGGCAAUCAAUUCCAGCGUCCUACUUGACCAUCCACGUCAAAGGAUCCUUCGACAUAGACAUCUACAUUGACUUGAAUGGCCAAUGGGUAUCCGGGAACCGAGGUAGUGAAAUCGAAUGGGCGUUGUCGGAAACAGAUUACGAAGACGCCAAGAAACUGAAGACAUGGAAGAUUAAGAGAAGAGUUGAGCAGCUGUUUACGGAGUGGAAUGAUCAGGCCGAGUGGGGCACACUGCACUUUACUGCUCCGGCUGGGGAAGAUGUGAGGUACCAGGCAGGGAUAUCUGGGGUGCUGCGGCAAAAGUUCGCGAAGAGUGGAAGGUUAUCGAACACUGUGGAUGAUAAGUUCCGGGCCAUAAUGGAUGAGGAGCCCGUUUUUGCGUUCAGCAAACACUUCAAUCUAACUAGCAACUCGUCCUCUGCGUCCUCAGCAUCCAAGGAAGACAGCAUCCUCUUUACGCUCACACACAUCCAAGACCCCGUGACCCAGUUCGCCUCCGCCCGGGGCCUAACGUACAUGCGUCCGUUGUGGGAGUCCUACCUCCACACUCCGGAAGCUCUGAUAACGUACCAUUACCUCGACUUUGCUCACGCGUCCGCGUUAGCAGCGAACUACAGUUCACAGCUUGCAGCUGAUGCUUAUGCUUCGGGAUCAGAUACCUACGUCGACAUCGUCUCCCUUUCGGCUAGACAAGUCCUAGGCGCCACCUCCUUCUCCGGAACCCCGGAGAACCCGAUCCUCUUCCUCAAAGAGAUCUCCUCGAACGGAAACUCCCAGACCGUGGAUGUGAUCUUCCCCGCUUUCCCAUUCUUCCUCUACACCAACCCGCGAUGGUUAGCUUACCUGCUUGAGCCGCUACUAGAGCAUAUGCUGAGUGGACAAUAUCCGAAUCUGUACACCAUGCAUGAUCUGGGCACACACUUCCCGAAUCUGACUGGGCAUGCGGAUGGGAACGAUGAGUACAUGCCUGUGGAGGAGUGUGGAGACAUGCUUGUCAUGGGUUUGGCUCUAGUCAAUAGUUUGGGGUAUGGGGAUGAGGGAUCUGCAGGUAGUAUUUGGAGUUCGUUGGGUGAGGAGAAGGAUGUCAAUGCUUUGGACACUGUGGGUGAAGAUGUCAGUCCCUUUGCUUUGCCUGCUAGAUUGGAAACGAGAGAGGGUGUGUUCGGCUUAGAUGAUGCUUGGGGCGGAAAAACGGCGGGUGCACAUCAGGCACGGAAAUGGCUCGGUCGGUCGUACAAGUUGUGGAAACAGUGGACGAGCUACCUGGUGGAGUACUCUCUCGAGCCGCACAAUCAACUCUGCACGGAUGAUUUCGCUGGAUGGCUUGCUCUCCAGACUAACCUCGCGUUGAAGGGCAUUAUCGGUAUCAAAGCCAUGUCCGAGCUCGCGGAGGUGGUGGGAGAGAAGGAAGAAGCCAAAUACUACCGCAAUGUGAGCGAGGUGUAUGUCAAGAAAUGGGAGGAGAUGGGUAUGUCUCGUGAUGGUGGCCGGGCGAAACUGGCGUACGAUUGGUAUGGGAGCUGGACAACGCUGUACUCGUUGUACGCCGAUGCACUGCUAUGCUUUCACCCGUCGACCAACUUCUCGGCCAAAACUACGACACUGAGUCUGAGUCUGCUGGAGGGUGGACAACAACCUCUCAAACCUGGAAAGGGAAAGGAAAAGGAUAAUUUCAUCCCCGAUCACGUCUACACGACCCAGUCUCGCUGGUACACCACAGUCAUGCAGAAAUACGGCCUUCCCCUCGACUCUCGACAUCUCUACACCAAAUCCGACUGGGAGUUCCAGGCUGCGUCUGUGGCAUCGAAGUCGACACGAACGGAGAUCUUGGGUCGGGUUGCCAAAUGGUUGAAUGAGACGUCGACUGACAGACCUUUCACUGAUCUGUACAAGACGGAGGAAGAUGGAGGAUUUCCUGGUCCGGACUUCUUUGCACGACCUGUGGUUGGCAGCCACUUUGCAUUCUUGACGCUCGAGAGGGCUUGUGGAGGACAUGCUGCUGAGGCUUUUAUGUACGAGGAGUAG